GCCAGGACUGGGCGAGGACUGAAGUAGGACCGACGGGGCAGGCGGUGAGGGGCGGAUCCGGAGGCCAACGGCAGCGGAGGCCAACUUCCAGCGGCGGAGGCGGCCCGGUCGGCUGACUAGGCCGCAGCGGCCAUGGCAGUGGAUUUCGGCGACCCCAAGAGCGGCUUUCGCCACAACGAGGUGGUGGGGUUCAUCAACGAAGAGGUGCUCAGUAAUGGCGGCGGUCCAGACUUCUACGUGACCUUCUGCUCGAGGCCCUGGAACGAGAUCGAAGACGAGCUGCUGUCCGUCGUGGCCGACCCGCAGGUGCCGCGCGCCGUCAAGAGGGCCUACUCCUGGAGCGCGCUGGCCUUGAGCGUGCGUGCGGCCGCGAGGCAGCAGGAGCAGCAGGGGCGCCGGAUCCAGCGGCUGCAGGAGCAGCUGAAGGAGCGCGAGACCACCACCUGGGCCCUGGCCUCCCAGCUGCAGCGGCUGCGCGAGGAGCGCCAGCAGGCGCUCUCGCAGCUGCGCGGCGCGCAGCACCACCUGCAGCAGGCGCUGGACGACUGCGAGGCCCUGCGCGGGCAGCUGCUCCACACCCAGACGCGGUCCCCGCAGGUCUGGCCUCAAACACAGCAGCUCGCGACCGCGACCGAGGUGUGGCCCCUGACCUUGAAGGAGCGGAGCGACAUGCUGGCCGCAGCUCGGCUGCAGCGUGAGCGGGAUGCGGAGAUGCAGAGCGAGGCCCGGACGGCCUCGAUGACGGCGACCACGAUGCCCGGCGUGCUUCACGUGCCCAGACCGCUGUAUCCCUGGGCCCAGGUUCAACGCCCUGUGCCGAUGCCAUUCCCCAUGCCGUUCCCGGUGGCGUUCCCCCAUCCCCCACCUCCCCCACCCAGAGUCGUGGCAGAAGCAGCGUCAGGAGCGGCGUUCCCACCCCAGAGUUCUCCUGGGGGCGUCUGCCCCCCGGGCAUGUGGCCUGCAUUGGGGUCCCAGGAGGAGACGUCCCUGCCGUGGGACCAGAGGAGCCACGUCCAGGAGGAAGGUCCCGUGAGGUCCCACUUGGUAAACCCCUCAGGGGACAACUGGAGCCACGGAGACGCGAUGAAGCAACCACCGCAGGGCCUGAUGCCCGAGCAAGAAGAUGCUCCAGGAACCUUCCGUGAAGUCGAAGAAACUCCAGCUCCCAGCGUGUGAAUGAACCCUCCUGAAAUACCCGCUGGCUCCCAGCAGGCCUCACCUCAGUGAGACCUCAACGGCCUGGAGCUAGUAGAGUGUGAAGAAAUCAGGGAAAAGGCGACAUUCAGGCACACAUCUUGGAACAAGGGAAAGCAGACAGAUUUUGUUAGCAUUGGAGGCUUCUGUUGCAAAAAAGGGUGCGGCAGCAGAUUUCAAAGGGUCAGUGGGAGGAUAGUAUUAAAUUUUAUAGGUUAUAGUGAGUUUGUUGAAUUUCAUUCAUUAAUUCAUUGAACAAACAGUUCUUAAUUGGUCAGUAUCUGUUAGUAAGUACAAUUAUAUGUUAGGUGUCUGGUGCACGCACUAUAAACCAAUGGAACGACUUUGGUUAGAUGACAGAAGAGCCUAAUCUGAGAGCCCGUAUACACCGGCGGGGGGCGGGGGGUCUUUGCCCCACACGUAGUACGGCUUUGGGGCGGACCCAGUGGAAAUAACAUCAGGAUCCAUUUCGAUGAUUCUGGAGGCAUCAUCAGAGACACUUCCGUGGCAGGGCUGGAAUGACUGUGCCGCCCAGUGCAUCAAUCCCAACGGAGAUGGAUAGGCGGUGGCGAAGAUGGCGAAAUUAGCCUCACAAAAGUAAAGGCGGGACUUUUCUGACAGUCCAGCUGAUUCCCUCCCUUGAGAAGCACCGUUAUUUUCCUGGUUGUCUGAAAGGGCUGCAUACUUGAGCCCUCAGGCUCGGGCCUCCCUAUCCCAAGCCUCUUUCCAGUCAAGAGUGGAUGAAGAACAAAAUGGAUUCCGAGGGCAGACGUCGUGCCAUGGACGGUGCUUCUCUCGGGAAGGCUAACUGGAUUAAAAAAGAACUGCACCAACAUUUUUGGGAACGCCCCCGGGCCCCUUCUCUUCCAUUGGCUGUCCGCUCCCCUGAGGUGGGGGGAGCCCCGGGGGUGGGAAGUUCGACGGUCUCCAGUCUGAACAAAAGGUGUUCUUGAGUUCCCCCGGAAAUCCCGGCCCACCAAGCUCAAACUCUUGUCAGAGGUUUCUGAUCGUAACAAUAAAGAGCGUGCACCGGCCUGCCGUGUCUCCUGGGUGCUGUGUCUCCUCGGGGCAGGCAGUUGAAACCUGCAUCUUCCCACGGUCCCACCGAAGUGAGGGAAAGUUCGAUCCCACAGACUAUUAGGGGGCCUCUCCUCUUCCGGCCGGUCACCCAAGAAUGGGAGGAGGAGGAACGUCCCUGAGGCCUUCAGUCCACUGUGAUCGUCCCUGCGCCUCUCACUGUCCACGUCCUCUCACAGUCCCCUGAAGGCGGGCCUCUCUGCUGCUCCUGGGCCCGUGGGGCACUAGAGGUGAGGUGGAGAGUGGGCUUCUGUCUAGGCCGGGAGCCCGAAUGCCUGUGUCCAGGCUCCCCAUGUGCACCAAGAAGCCAUUUCCCCGAGGCCCCGUCUCCUAGAUGUCCAACGAGCAGAAAUUUCCCUUCUGCGUUUCUGUCCCGCAAGGCACUGUCCCCUCCCUCCUAUGCAUAAUCCCAUCGAGGUGCUCAGAUUCCGGAAAACAGCCAGGUUCUGGCAGAAAUGUUCCCAGAGGCAAACGGAGUGGAGCCUGGCUGCCUGCUUGGUAUAGGGACAGGGAAGGGGCAGAGAACUGAUCCUACCCCACCAGCUUUUUCUCUCCCCUCAGUCCUGAUAACCGGCAGGCCUUGCUUACUAGAAGGGAGCCCUAGGGAGGAAGAGAACCAUCAAGGACAUCAACCCAGAGCUAGGUUUCCUGGGUUACGGGCUGGUUUUGUGAUACUCUUGUGUGUGCUCAUAGCUCCCUGGGAUUUGGGGAGGA